CCGCCGGCAGGGAAGCUGCGGGGGAGAAGGACGUGUGUGAGGGAGCGGGUCCCGGGGAAACUGUCUGUGUGUGGCGGAGGUGAGGGAGCGGGUCCCGGGAAACGCUCUGUGUGUGGCGGAGUGUGAUCCAGAGCAGAGGUUACUCUUGCCAACUCUUCAGUGUUUGUGAGGGAGCCAGGAAGAUGGUGAAUGUUCUGAAAGGUGUUCUGGUUGAGUGUGACCCUGCAAUGAAGCAGUUUCUGCUCUACUUGGAUGAGUCAAAUGCUUUGGGAAAGAAGUUCAUCAUACAAGACCUGGAUGAAACUCAUGUCUUUGUCUUAGCUGAGUUGGUCAACUUUCUCCAGGAGAGAGUGGGCGAGUUAAUGGACCAGAACUCGUUUCCUAUUACUCAGAAGUGAGAAAAACCAGAGAAAUGGGAUUACUGCAAGUUUUGGAACAGUGAAUUUCAAUAGUUUGGGUUGUUACUGUUUUAAUAGAUAACGCUGUGGCAUGUAAGUUCUACAUAGAAGUGGCUACUAUAGAAAAUGCAUCAUUUUCAUAGACAAAAUGGUCUGGAAUUGGAUUUUGUUUCUCAUUUUGAAAGAAUGUGGUAUCUUUAUUAAAAUACUUAAAAUUAUACGCUUGAGGAGUUCCCUUGAGAAUUUUUGAUGCAUGCUGUCUGGUUUUCCUUUAGGUUUUUAUCUUGCAAGAUGAUAUGACCCAAAGAGUAGAGUAGUGUUUCUGUAGUGGAAUGCUGUAUGAGGUCUUCUGAUGUGUUGUGUCCUGUGUGUGAUUGAAUCUGAUUAUAGCAUGACUGAUGGAAAGUAAAGAAUGUCUGUUGAAUUUGUGCUUGAUGGAACAUCUCUGAACUGGAGGCAUGGUCAGAUGGGUUGAUGGGUUUUACACAGCAGGAUGAGAGUUGGUCUGAGUGUUUUGUUGUGUUGUUUGGGGGUUGGGGUGUUGGGAUUUCUUUGUUAAAAUAUGUUACAAAUGCUCCAUACUACUUGCCUACUUUUACCAAGGCUGUGCUUUCUGACUUGUUCUGAGUUUGGAGGGGAAGGAGGGAUAUGGGAGGAUUGGGACAACAAAAUCUAUUGCCCUAGAUCAUCGUAAAUUAAAGGGGUAACAGAAAUGGGAAACCAGUCUUAUAGAUAUAAUUGCUUGUAUUUUUUCACUGAAGCUGAUAGUCCCAGUAAGUUAGUUAUGUGGUCAGACUCCUAUGCUCUACCUAACAAAAAAGAAAGCUGGAUUUGGAUUUUUGCUUAUGGUUUUUUUCCUUCAGCUUAGUUCUUUUUCCCAUAUUCCCUUUUCCUGCAAAGAAACAAGCUUUGUAGUGUCAUGGUUUCGUUGUUUGGGGUUUUUCUGUAUUUGUAACUUUAGCUCAGACACUGGCUUGGUUUUCAGACCUACUCAUGUACUUUAGAUAGAUGCCACCUUUUUGUCUUUGAGAAAAAGAACAAGAGUAAAGAGAAAGGCUUUUAUAAGGGGCAGUUCUCCUUACUGACUCUCCCUCUACUGCUUGUUUCUCUUGUCCAGUAAAUAUCAGAUUAAUUGGUAGGUUUGUCCUUGUUUUUUGUUCAGAUUGGUUUUUUGGUUUGCAUUUUUUUCCUCAGGAAGAAGGAAUCUUCAGGAGAAAGUUUCACUAGAUGUUUUUAAUCAAAAAGCCGUCCAAAGAAAGUUCUGUAGAAUUGUGUAUGUUCAGGCAUAUGUGGAUGAGCAACUAGCCGUGUAAAAUUUAACUUCGUGACAUUUCUGGUACCUUCUCUUUUCUCUGACUGUAUAGAACAAUGAGUUUGGGUCCAAAUUGUUUUAUCUCUUUCUUUCACAAGUGGGUGCUUCCCUGGUCAUGUAGAUUAAGACCCAGCUACAUGUGUUUACCUGAAAUAAGAAGUUUAAAUCUUAUUUAUAAGUGGUUUAUGGUUUCUUACCUCUUUCUUGAGAUUGAUCUCAAGAGACAGAUCAAACCUUGACCUCAUAACUGUUAUUUUUUGGAAGAUUAUUUGGUGCUCAUUUAACGAAGAAAUAAUCAGUAGUUUUAACAUGGCAUUAUAGCUUAGUACAAGUUAUUUAGAAGUGUCUGUUUCCUUUCUUUGGAAUCCUAGUUUAUUUUCCAUCCAGAUUCUGCUGAAAGGUAAAUCAUCCAUCACUCUCUUCAAAUUAGAGCAUUUGAAAAGUCAUGUUUGGAAUUCCACAUAUUAAGCUUCUCUGUAUUUCGCAUGUCUAGUGCCCUAUUUCUAUUGUGACUUUCCUUUUCAGUCUAUAAUAAACUUCUUGCAGUUCUUGUCUUUUUCUCCUGUGUAACUGUACAGCUUUGCAGCUGUAUUCACUGUAUUUUAGCUUAUAUUUACAAUUGAUAAAUGGCUUAUGCAAUACAGAGGGAUGGAAGUUCCAAACUGUAUAAACGAAAGAGUUGGGCAUGCAUUCUUAUACUCUUGCUCACAAUUUGGUUUUUCUGAGCAAACAAGUUAAUGGAUUUUUAACUUCUAAACCUGUCAAUACUUUUGAUCCUUCCAGUACCCUAACAAGGCAUAACCAAUUCUGUGCUGGAAGAAUAAAUAAAAGAUGUAAAGAUGUAAGUUGGUAUCAUCAUAUGUAGUCUAAGGAGCUGAGUUCACUGUAGUUCCUAGAGAUAAAAGGAUCUUGAAUCGGAUAGUAUGGUGAAGGAAAUCUAAUUAGGAAACUUUUAGAAAUUGAGUAUGUGUAUGACUUUAAAAAGCAAACAAACAAAAAACCCAAGCAACGGUUUCUGUGAUUUGAAUAAACUUGGACCUCUGAAAGGUUUUGGUUCUUUUUAAAUGCAUGUAGUCCUAGAACUUACAACAAAAGUUCAACAAAAGCUUCAACAGCAACAAAAAUAUUUGCCCAGAUGGUGAAAAGUAGAUACUAGUGUUAAAAAUACCUAUACAUUUUGAGAUAAUCUGCAUUUACACUUACAGAUUUUAAACAUUUGUGCUGGUUUUCAUUCAGGUGCGAAAUAUUAUUGGCGAGUACAGCUUGGAAUGAAACACUGUGUUAAAGAUACAUUUUUUAAAGGCUGGAAACAUUUGAGAAGAAAAGCUGUAGGAGCUCUGUUUAAAUAUAUUCAUGCUUUGAUAAUAGAGUUGAUAGGGUGAGAAAGUCAGCUCUCGCUGUAUUUAGAAUAUUGUAUGUUAAUUUAGUGUUUGUCUCUAUAACUAAUAUGUUCACUUUUUUGCUAGUAUCUGUCAAAGAACUACAGUGUUCUCAGGUCCUGCUUGAGCAGCAAAAAUACUGUUUGAAUGACAGACUUGUUGCUGCUUGUAAAAGCACCAAAUUUUAUCUUCAAGGGUUUUCACUGCUCACUUUUAGCUCUCAGUUUGAGUUGAAAGUAUUUUGUGUACUGGAAGAAGAGCAUGGUAGUACAAUUACAUAAAAGACACUUGAACUUCCUUCAUUACUUGCUACUUAUUUGUACUUAGAUCUAAAUAAGAUUGCAAGUU